AGCGCACAGGGUGGCGACCUAGAGGAGGCGGCAGACCACGCCCUCGUGGCGCUGGCCAGGCCCCUCGUGAGCGAGCGAAGCCUAAGCAGCCCUGAGAAAACCAGGCAGCCAUUAACCCAACCCUAUACUGUUCCACAGCUUCUGUUUUGGCAACAAUGCACCAGCGAUAUCUGGGUGCGCAAAACUAUACUCACCGGGUACACCCUUCAGUUCCGGUUAAAACCCCCCCCCUUCAGGGGGGUGGUGGUAACUGUGGUGAAGGACGUGGUUCAGUCCUCAGCUCUGAAUGUGGAAAUACAGGCAUUGCUCAGGAAGCGUGCCAUUCAACUAGUAGACCCUGCUCUGACCGACCAGGGGUUCUACUCCAAAUACUUCCUUGUGCCAAAGAAGGACGGCGGGCUCCGCCCUAUUCUAGACCUGCGUGUACUGAACAAAUACCUACGGGUGUUGUCGUUCAAGAUGCUCACGCACAGGCACAUUGUCCAGUCUAUCCGGCAGGGCGACUGGUUUACCACCAUAGAUCUGACAGAUGCGUACUUUCACGUUCCCAUCUGUCCGGGUCACAGGAAGUAUCUACGAUUCGCAUUCCAGAGCAGGGUCUACGAGUUUUGCGUCCUGCCAUUCGGCCUGUCUCUAGCUCCUCGAACCUUUUCGAAGUGUAUGGACGCCAUUUUAGCUCCUUUGCGGGCUCAAGGCGUCCGACUGCUGAACUAUCUGGACGACUGGCUCGUCUGCGCGCAGUCAAAGGAGCAGCUGGCACAGCACACAGUGAUGGUUACAGACCAUCUCCAGCGGCUAGGUCUGAAGGUCAAUCCAGACAAGAGCCGCCUCGUGCCCAGCCAACAGACCGAGUUUUUGGGUCUGCAUCUGGACUCAGUGUCCAUGGAAGCGACCCUAUCGACACAAAGAGUUGCCUCAUUAGAGCGGUGUCUCUCCCUAUUCAGGUUGAGAGAAACAGUCAGCAUGGAGCUCUGUCAGCGCAUGCUGGGGUUGAUGGCUGCCGCCUCGCAAGCCCUUCCUUUGGGCUUACUACACCAGAGACCUCUGCAGGCCUGGUUCAAUGCCUUCGCGUUGCACCCGCGGAGAGACAAGCACCGCAGGUUGAGGGUAUCCCGAACCUGCUGGGAGGCAUUACGCUGGUGGAAAGUUCAGUCGAACAUCCGCCAGGGCGUGCGCUUGGGUCCCAUCUUCCGAAGGGAAGUUAUCACAACCGACGCUUCCAACCAAGGUUGGGGAGCAGUCUGGAACGGGACAGGGACCCGUGGAGUGUGGUCAGGACCCUGGAGGUCAGCCCACAUCAACGCUCUGGAACUCAGAGCAGUGGACCUCGCCCUUCGGCACUUCUUGCCAGUGCUUCUAGACAAGCACGUGUUAGUGCGGUCAGACAACACCACAGUAGUGGCGUAUAUCAAUCGCCAGGGCGGAUUGCGGUCCCCCGGUCUUCACCGGAUGGUAACGCGGCUGUUGCUCUGGGCUCAACCGCGUUUAGCCUCUCUGCGUGCAGUUCAUCUGCCGGGCAGAGUCAAUUACGCAGCGGAUCUCCUGUCCAGAGGAGGUCCUCUUGCGGGCGAAUGGCGUCUUCACCCUCGGGUGGUAGAGCGCAUCUGGGAAUGGUUCGGCACAGCGCAAGUCGAUCUCUUCGCUUCGCGAGAGACCACGCACUGUCCUCUAUGGUUCUCGGUGAAGGACCUCGACAGCCCCCUGGGGGUGGAUGCACUGGCUCACGAAUGGCCGCCAGGGCUCCUGUAUGCCUUUCCACCGAUUCCGAUGCUCCCCGCCUUCUUGGAGAAGGUCAGGGUAGAGCGAGCGACAGUGAUUCUGAUCGCUCCUCGGUGGCCUCGGAGAAUAUGGUUCCCGAGUCUAGUGCAAUUACUGCACGGCCGCCCGAGGGAGCUCCCUCUGCGGGCGGACCUGUUGUCCCAAGCUCAAGGAGAGCUUUGGCAUCCGAACCCCAAACUCAUGCAGUUAUGGGCUUGGCCCCUGAGCGGGAGCGCCUGUCAGCCUUAGGGCUUUCGACUGCAGUUAUAUCGACCAUCCAGAGUGCGAGAGCGCCCUCUACUAGGUCGCAGUAUGCGUAUAAGUGGCAGUUGUUUCAGAGUUGGUGUCUGGCUGAGAGCCACGACCCAGUCUCCUGUCCUAUGGCAGUAAUAUUGCAGUUUCUGCAGAAACUGCUGGAUGAAGGGAAAUCUCCUUCUACACUUAAAGUGUAUUUAGCCGCCAUUUCGGCUUGUCAUGUACGCAUUGACGGUUUAUCACCUGGUUGCCAUUUUUUGGCAUCUCAGUUUCUGAAAGGCGCAAGACGCUUGCGGCCUCCAAGAACGACCAGUUUACCGUCUUGGAGCCUUGAUGUGGUGCUAGAAGCCCUUACCAAGGCACCAUUUGAGCCUCUCCACAGCGUGGAUAUGAAGCUCAUAUCUAUUAAGACUGCAUUUUUGCUGGCUGUGGUAUCAGCAAAACGCGUGAGCGAGUUACAUGCACUUUCAGUGCAUCCUUCUUGUACUCGUUUUGCAGGAGACGGUUCUAAGGUCUCCAUGCGCCCUAAUCCGGCCUUUUUACCAAAGGUUAUAUCCCCGUUCCACAUGAACCAGUCAGUCGAGUUGAUGGCGUUCCAUCCUCCUCCUUUUUCUUCCCCAGAGGAAGAGCGGUUACACAUGCUCUGCCCCGUGAGGGCAUUGAGGUGUUAUAUUGACCGUACAAGGACUGUGAGGCAGACAGAACAGUUGUUCAUAUGCCAUGGUUCUAGAUCUUUGGGUCAGCCGCUGUCUAAACAGCGCCUUUCCCACUGGAUAGUGGAUGCUAUUAAAUUAGCGUAUGAAUCUGCAGGCCUUCCGCCACCAGGGCAGUUGAAGGCGCAUUCUACUAGGGGUAUGGCGACAUCCUGGGCCCUCUUUCGAGGGGUGCCGGUGUCUGAUAUUUGCGCGGCAGCCAGUUGGGCUACGCCGCAUACUUUCAUGAGGUUUUACAGGUUAAAUGUACUGGAUUCCUCUGCUCCACUGUUUGGAGCAUCUGUUUUACACUCUAUGACGCCUCAGGAUGCGGACGUAUAGAGUGGUAGAUAGCAUGGUGUUGACUGUUCCACCUUUAAGACAGGUGUCAUUACGAGCAUAGACGCUGAGGCGCAGCUCCGCAUAUGCCUAGAUGUACUGCCUACGCAGUUGCGUUAUGACGUAAGUCUGUCCUACUGCCGAGAAUCCUCCCUCGCGACAGCUAGGGUACACUGUAUCCCAUGUUGAUGGUUAUUUUCGACUUGAAAGGGAACGAUAGGUUGCGGAUGCAACCCCGGUUCCCUGAAAGAGAAAAUAACCAUCAAGCUGCGAGGUCGCUCCGGUAGCCUUCACGGCCUGAAGAGCAAAAGAGGAAGUGCAUCCCCACGCGCGCAGUUAAGUAAGCUCCCAGGGGGGCGGGCUUACACUGCAGCUGGCGUGGGGGCCUAUCGGCAGCUUUGCUAUAAAAGCUCAGCC